AUGGCGGAACCUACCCUGUUCGGCGACUAUGCCACGGUAGUCACGAACAUUGAUCGCAAGAAAUUUGGAAAGCGAAUUGUACCCAUGAGAGUAUUUGCCUUUGGUCUUCCCCGAACAGCAACAGAAUCUACARCGAGCGCCCUCCGAAUGCUUGGAAUCCAUGAAUUCUACCACGGAUGGCAGUCACUACUAGACAAUCCCCGUGACAACGAAAUGUGGCUCGAAGCCAUCGAAGCCAAAUUUGAUGGAAAAGGAACACCAUAUAGCAGAAAGGAAUGGGAUAAACUACUCGGACAUUGUCAAGGCGUCUCGGACUUGCCGGCGAUUUUAUUCGCAGAGGAAUUGAUAGAGGCAUAUCCGGAAGCCAAAGUCAUUCUCACACAUCGGAAAUUCGAAAGCUGGCAUGAAUCUUGCUCGAGAACUUUUGCUCCUAUUUUACUCCAUCCUCUCGCUCGCGGGUUAAUCCCCAUUACGAAUUUCUUCCGACUGUAUACCCGCUGGACACGUCCCGUGUGGAUCCGAUCCUGGAAGAUUCUCUCUCGAGGGGACUUUGAUAAAUUUGGCCGGCAGAUCUACGAUGAACAUUAUGCGAGAAUGCGGGCUCUUGUUCCUGAGGGAAUGCUUCUGGAAUUUGAUGUCAAAGACGGUUGGGAACCUCUGUGCAAAUUCCUUAAUGUCCCGAGGCCGGAACUGGAGUUUCCUAAUGUUAAUGAGAAGGAGAUUUUCGUUACGAGAUGUAAAGCGGCUAUGCUUAAGUUGAGCUUGAAAAGUAUCGGGGAGAGGAUGGUGUGGUGGAUGGUUGUCCUCGUUGGGUUUUGUUCCGCUCUCGAUCUGUUCCAGCAACGAAUGGGCCCCAAACCCACCUGCUAA